AUGGAAAGAUCACGAAGAGAAAGGCUAGCAGACCAAACAAGGGAAGAUGUAUUAAGGGAGCUUAAACGGCUUAAUCAAAGUUCGGUGCGAGAGGAGUCACAGCGAAGACUGAAUCAAAUACGAAGAGAUAGGUCAAAGCAUCAAGGGGCGAUAAGUAUAAAGAUGACGAAGACUGAAUCAAAUGCGUUGUCCUGGACAGAACUAAAGCUCCCAAAUCUUAAUACAACCAUAGAAAGGAUUUGGGAGGAAGUCAUACUAACUGAGGAAAUACCAGUCCCACCCAACAUGGGGAAGGAACCGCAGCUGGGAAGAAAUCAUGAUUUUUGCAGGUAUCAUCGCUUUCGCGGGCACCACACCAACAACUGCAGGAAUGUUCGAAGAGUCAUACUUCGUCUGAUCGAACAAGGAAAACUCGCACACUAUUUGGAAGAUCAGAGGUUGCCACCGCAUCCACCCUACAAUCAUUAUGGGAACCAGGCAAAUGAGCUAAUGAUCGAAAUUAUCCAAGAAGUAGGAAGACUAAGCUGCGAUUUCAUAGCACACUCGGAGAGAGAUUUCCAGAACUUUCACGACAAUGUGCUCUCGAGAAUAUAUAAAAGGGAUUAUGAAGGAAACGAAAUAAUCCCCAUGAUGACGAGAGAAUUCCUGGAGGAGUGGAAAAAUAAGGAUAUAUCAUUUUCAGUGGAGGAUCUACCGGAGGAAGAAGUUAUGCAUACCCACUCGUUAGUCGCUACCUUGGCAAUUGGCGAGCCAUCGCGAGGAAAAGAGUAUCGAAGUGAUAAAGGGAAGAUUUGGGCCAUGGACAAAGUCUUGGUAGAUAUGGGGAGUUCGGUAGAUAUUCUUUUCUAUAAUGCAUUCAAAGCUAUAGGGUAUAAGGAUGCUGACAUGAUACCUUCAACCUACACUCGAUAUGGGUUCAAUGGAGUGGCUACAAAUACAAAAGGCGAAAUAAAUAUGACGAUCUUCGCGGGAGAAGUGGAAACGAAUGUAACUGUCUGUGUGGUAGAUCUGGAAUCACCAUACAAUGGUCUAAUGGGCAGGCCAUGGAUCCACGAGAUUAAAGGGGUAGCAUCCACCUAUCAUCAGGUGAUAAGAUUCCCCAUGCCAAGCGGAAUUGGCGAAAUAAGAGGGAAUUGGGGAGACACGAAGGACUGCGGCUAA